GCCCGCCAUCCUGCCGUAUCUCGUGCUGGCCGGAGCCCGCCUAUCCUGUCGUCGUCUGUCCUGGCAUUUCAGAAAUACGGGGUUCUUUGUCGGCAGCUCUCCGUCGAGCCUCCUCUUUACCCACCCGCCUCUCGCAGCACUGCGUAGAAAAAUGUUGAACAAAGCCAACCGCACUCAGAUCCCGUCCGCCGAGGAGUGGACCGUCAAGAAUGAACGGGGCCGGGAAUAUGUCAUCCAGAUCGGCUUCCCUCGUGACUGGGCCACCUACGAACCCGUCGCUGGUGACUCGCUCGUUCCCGUCCUCUACCUGACCGACGGGAACUCUGCCUUCCUCACCGCCCUCGACGCCCUGCACAGGCGUCUCUGUAAGCGCGACCCCAGUUUCACCUCCGGCAUCAUCGUUGGGAUCGGCUACCCGCUCCCGGCCGACUCGCAGCCCGUCUUCGACCGCGAGCGCAGGCAAUGGGACCUGACGCCGCCGGCCUCCCCGGGCUCCUCCUCCCCCGAGGGCGGCGGCGGCGCGGACGAGUUCCUUGACUUCGUGUGCGACCGCGUCAGGCCCUUCGUCCGGCAGCGGCUGGCGGCGACCACGCGCGGCGCUGAUGUGAGCGUGGGGAGGGAGGCGCUGUACGGGCACUCGUUCGGCGGGCUCUUCUGUCUGCACGCGCUGUUCACGCGGCCGCAGGCCUUCGCCUGCUUCGUCGCGAGCAGCCCGAGCAUUUGGUGGGACGGCGAGCGGGUGCUCGCCGAGGAGGCCGCGUUCCUCCGCAGGCAGGGGGAGGGGGAGGAGGGACAGGGUCUCGAGGAAAGCGGAGAGGGAAACGCAGACGCAGACGCGGACUUGGAGGGGAGGAAUAGGCGAAAACCGUCACUCAUGUUGUUCGUGGGCGGGGAGGAGGAGGACCCGCCCCGGCGCCGGGGAGAGUCGGAAGAGGCGUACAGGAAACGACAGGCGCGCCACGAGACACAGCGCAUGGUCACCAAUGUCGAAACCAUGCAUCGCCGGUUGCGCGCGAGCGGCCGCUUCGAGCAUCUCUCGUGCCGAGUCUACGAGGGCGAGGACCACGGCAGCGUGAUCGCGUGCUCCCUCAGUCGCGGACUGACGACGUUUUUCGAGAACUGGCCGUUGGAAGUCUGAGAACUCGGAGCUUCAAGGAUGCCCACCACUUUUGCUACCUCGCUGGGACAAUCUUUCUAGGACAGACGAGUAUGGAGAUAUCGGGUUGCGUAAUGGCUACCUGGGCCCACCAUUUCACCCCCUGUAUAGUUUUCUUGGUCUGUAGUAUUGGUGUUAGCUCUACGGUGCUAGACUAGUUGUAGGGAGCGU